AUGAGAACCAAGACCGGUUUCAGCUUCUUCUCUAAAAUCACUUAUCCCAAAAAGAAACCUUCUCCUCCAAUACCUAAGAAAGACUUCGACUCCUCAGAGAUCGACCAUACCAUCGACAACGCCGCCGAGAUCAUCGAGAAAUGGAACACAGAGUACGUUUCCACAACGAAAUUCUAUUCUUUGUUCUGCGAGAGCAAGAGAGAAGCCAAGAAGUUCAUAAACGGCGUCAAGGAUUUGCAAAAGUCAAUGGAUACUUUAAUUAAAGAAGAUCCAAACUCCGAGAACCUCCUCAGAGCUCAGAAGCUCAUGCAGAUCGCUAUGAAACGUCUCCAGAGCGAGUUCUACCAGAUUCUAUCGAUGAACCGUGCCCGUUUGGAUCCUGAAACCGUCUCUACCUUCGGCGAGGACGUUCGUCUUGCUGGAGACACCAUCGUUGAGGUUGAAGAGGUCUCCAAGAACUCUAUGAAGGAGCUGAAGUCAAUCGCUGAGUGCAUGAUCGCUGCAGGCUACGCGAAAGAGUGUGCGAGUACUUAUAAAUGCUUUCGAAAAUAUAUAGUCGACGAAGGGAUACACCGCCUUGGAGUCGAGAAAGUAAGCUCCUCCAAGGUGAAGAAGAUGCCAAGCGAGGUUGUUGAGAUGAAGAUGAGGAGCUGGAUCGAUGCGGUGAACGUCUCGAUGAAGACGCUCUUCAACGGGGAGAAGACUCUAUGCGAUGAAGUCUUGAGGUGGCUAUGA